UAAUGACUAAUUUUCCUUUAUGACAUGUAUCAUAAUAAAUUCUGUAUAAUCUAGAACUUAAUUUUUAGGUAACAAUUUAUUAAUAAGGCUUUUCUGAUGUGUUUCUUAAGUCUAAAAGAAAUCUAUUGACAGAUUUCGUGAAGUAUGUAUUCCACCACUACCCCUGCCAGUGGCCAAGACUCUGCUUGUGUAAUGAGAGAAGAUACAGUUGUGGCAAGGGGUGGAAUAGAGCCUUUGGAAUGUAGCUACUUUAGUAUUUGUGUUCUCACAUUUCCAUCACCAUUCUGUUAGCUCUUAAAUAUCAUGCAAGCUUUUUCACCUAAUACAAAGGUUAUUUCCCUGUCUCAUUCUUUAUAAUUUGUUACAGGGAUUUUUAUAGACAAGCAGGCUGGUAGAUUUAAAAAGUUAUUUUAGCAUUAUUGAUCUUUGAUCAUACUUGGUAAGAACGAACUUGUUCUAGAAAUUUAUUCUACAAUGGGCAUUGCAUUUUUUAAAUGUUGGGGUUGUCUUGGGGCUUCUGGUGGGGGUAACAGUAGUACCUAUUUGUAAUUAUAAACCUAUAGGAUCAUAUGCAAAGAUUAGGAGGGAUAGCCUUUCUGUACCAUAUAGUACCCUUACUUUUGCAUUUUCCGUGGUAAAGGAAAUUUUCUCCUAUUCACUCAGUAUGAUUUUAUAAGUUCUGUUAGAUAGAAGUGACUUGAUACUACAUUUGGGAGGGAGAAUACCAUAAUUGGUUUUUCCCACUGCCACCUUCGGCUGAGUACAUUUUCUUUCCUUAUGUAGUAAAUAUAUUCUUGAAAAGUUUGACGUGUAUCAAGUCACAUUAACUGUUUUCAAAGCAUCUGUAAUCAUAAUAGGCUAAGACAUGGUAGUGAGUCCUUUUAUAAAACAAAUUCUAUACUUUGAAGUAUGUAAACAUGCGGUGAAUUAAACUGAGUGUAUUUAUUAACACUUACUUGGAGUAAUAGAUUUUUUAAAAGAAUAAUUACAAAAGAGUUCUUACAGAUGAGUUUUAAGGCUGAAUUCUAAAGGAACAGCAAAGGUAGGUGGGAGAAGUUAGUAGUUGAUGAGAAACUUAAAGGAGGGUGUAAAAGGAAAUCGGUUCUUCAGUGUAGUAGGCACUGUGCAGCAGUAAUCACCUGCUUUUACCUCUGAACACAAGGGUUUACUGAGGCCGGGCAAGUUUCUCCCUGCCCUAGACUAGAAAUUGGCUAUGGGUCUUUAUAUAGUUUCCUUGUUACUAUAUGGACUCAGUAGCUAAUACGAGAAAUGGUGGUAAGAAGGUGAAGCAUUUCUCUGUUUGAUGAUUUGAGGCCACAGGGAAAUGAGAAGCUUUAAGUGUUUGGUUAGAUGCCUGUCUUUCUUGCUCUGCUUUCCUCUGACUGAAGGGGUAUGCAUUUUAUUUCAGGGGGAAUGUGCCUACUCUGUCCUAAGCCAUUGGUGACACUUGGCCCAUAAUAAGUGUACCUGCGGGGAGGGCUUUUCUUUUUCUGGCCCCAUUUAUAAGCCAGGGGUUGCUUCCAUUUGCUUUGUGUGCUGUUGAGUUUUAUUCUCUCUGGUUUCCCUAAGCUAAGCUCUAAGCUAAUUCUAUACAAAAGAAAUAUUAAUUAGUUGUUUUUAUAAGUUGCUUGCCAUUAAUGCCUGAUAAUAUGCAGUAAAAUAAGGAUUCUGCAUACCAUUAUAUAUGUCAAAUAUUACAGACUUUAAGGUUCUUUUAAUUACAAUACUAAACUCAGUUCACUUUUGCUUAGCCUUCACAGUUGUUGAUCACAUAGCAUGGUCAUCCACUCACAGCUUAAAAAAAUACAGGGAGCAUCGGAGAGAAUGGGUUCAAUGUAUCUAUGCCUGCCUACUUCAAUCUGCAAGGGAGUGUCAGAAAGGCCCCGCAUUCGCCGAGCCCAGCAAAUGGGAGACACUUCAGCUGGAACAAAAUAGUGGAAGAAAUGGCGUCUGGGGUUCAGUGGGGAUUCGCAGAGAUACUACUCGCCAACGAAUCAAAUUCAGUGAUGACCGAGUGUGCAAGAGUCACCUUCUCAACUGUUGCCCCCAUGAUGUCCUCUCUGGAACUAGAAUGGAUCUUGGAGAGUGUCUCAAAGUCCAUGACCUGGCCUUAAGAGCAGAUUAUGAAAUUGCAUCCAAAGAACAAGAUUUUUUCUUUGAACUUGAUGCUAUGGAUCAUCUGCAGUCAUUCAUUGCAGAUUGUGAUCGAAGAACAGAAGUGGCCAAGAAAAGAUUAGCAGAAACUCAAGAAGAGAUUAGUGCUGAAGUGGCCGCAAAGGCAGAACGUGUUCAUGAAUUAAAUGAAGAAAUUGGUAAGUUGUUGGCCAAGGUGGAACAACUAGGAGCUGAGGGAAAUGUGGAAGAAUCCCAAAAAGUAAUGGAUGAAGUAGAGAAAGCACGGGCCAAGAAAAGAGAAGCAGAGGAAGUUUAUAGGAAUUCUAUGCCAGCUUCCAGUUUCCAACAACAGAAACUUCGAGUCUGUGAAGUCUGCUCUGCCUAUUUAGGUCUUCAUGAUAAUGAUAGACGACUGGCUGAUCAUUUUGGGGGUAAACUGCACCUGGGAUUUAUUGAAAUAAGAGAGAAACUUGAAGAAUUAAAGAGAGUUGUAGCUGAGAAACAGGAGAAAAGAAAUCAGGAACGCCUGAAACGAAGAGAAGAAAGAGAGAGAGAAGAAAGGGAGAAGCUGAGGAGGUCUCGAUCACAUAGCAAGAAUCCCAAAAGGUCCAGGUCCAGAGAGCAUCGCAGACACCGGUCUCGCUCCAUGUCACGGGAACGGAAGAGGAGAACUCGCUCCAAAUCUCGGGAGAAACGCCAUCGCCACAGAUCCCGGUCUAGCAGCCGAAGCCGCAGCCGUAGCCACCAGCGAAGUGGGCACAGUUCUAGAGACAGGAGCAGAGAGCGAUCCAGGAGGAGAUCCUCAAAAGAAAGAUUCAGAGACCAAGACUUAGCAUCACGUGACAGAGACAGGAAUUCAAGAGACAGAUCACCUCGUGACAGAGACCGAAAAGAUAAGAAGCGGUCCUAUGAGAGCGCUAAUGGCAGAUCAGAAGACAGGAGGAGCUCUGAAGAGCGCGAAGCAGGGGAGAUAUAAUUAGCUGUGUACAUAUCCUCAAUCCUUAAGCUUCCUAUGGAGUUACAUACUAUUGUUUAGUUUACAGCUAUUGGGGGUUACAGUGAGCAGUUCCAGACUCCAAUCCAAAUAGGCUAGAUGCACAGUAUCUAACUCGAUCUGAACUGAACUUGUUUUCCCUGAUGAAGCCUAAAACUACAUCCAUAGUUUCUGGUGAACCUGUAAUGCGAUUCUGAAAGUACAGUUUUAUAUAAUAAGAUGCCGAUAUCUUUAUUCUUUCUAGUAGGAGUGAUAGUGAACGAAUUGUGUUGCUUGCCUUGGGAAUUUUUGAACAUUUGUAAAAUGCUGUCUUCCUUUCUAGUCCACAAACAACAGCUUUCAGGAUUUUUCUUUUUAAUUCUUCUUCCUCUGACUUUUGUAUCCCCUAAUACCUCCACCCUCUAAUUAUAGGAGAAAGGGGGAGCAGGGAAGCAAUAUGACUUCUGUUUUAAGGUUCUGUUCCCAUUAUUAUGAGCUGAUUACAGAGCAUUUAUACUGGAAAGUGUGCUGGAGAAAUUUCAAUACCCGGAGUUUUUGUUUUGUUUUACAGUGCCUAUUUAGAGUUGGAAGUUGAACAGCCUGUUGCAUCACAUACUUUGCUUUUUUAUUGAAAUUUUGAAAUCCAACAUGUCUUGAUUCUUCUGUUCUAUUGAAUUGCUAUGUUCAGGAUGUUUUGAAAAGGGGGGUGGGGCAGGGACUCUUUCAUAAGCACUUGUUUUAUUUUGUGUGUGUGUGUGUGUGUGGAGUAUAAAGGCUACAACCUUAUUGUAAAAAAUAAUAAAAUGAAACAAUCACCACCACCAUCAUUAAACUGUAACUUGUCUAGUAAAUUGUCACUAGAACUAUUUGAUGUGGGCAUUUCUUCUGUUCUAUCAUUAGUGCCUUACUGUGCAAGGCACCAAAGGAAAUAAACACAUACUUGCCAAGAUGAA